CUUGGAGGGUUAUAAUAAGGGGGUGUGUUAACUCGGCCUGCCCCUAACUCCAGCCAAACAGCCAUCGACUAACCAUGAAUCAGGAGUUCCUUCGACACUGGUGAUACACAACACAUUCUUCUCUUUUCUCACCGCAGGAGCAGCGCGCUUCGACGAUAAACGACAUGAGCCGUCACAACUCCGUAUCGACAACCAGUUCGGGGUCAUCAGGAAGGGCAAGCAUCUCAUCAGAGGCAACCUCAACGAGUUCAGUUUCAUCCCAGAACACUUACGACAUAAACACUUCGCCUUCAGUCAAAACCGCACUAUCAGUCCUUGGAGGAUUCAAGAUCAACAACCAAGGUGCCGCUAAACCCCAAGGCCCUUACUGGUGCAUACCCUGCAAUGUCAGUUUCCAGCGCAAGGUCGACUGGAUGAGGCACGAGGACGAAUUCCACGACCGACAUAAGCGUUACCCCUGCCCGGACUGUAACAGCAUCUUCUGGGGCGCCAACACCUUCAACCAACAUCACAAGAACGCCCACGGGUGCAGGACCUGCCCUCACGCUGAGCAAGUGGUCCGGUAUACGCAACGGAGGACGGCGUGGGCCUGUGGAUUCUGUGGGGCGUUCAUGGGCGCCAGUCAUCGAUUUGUCGACCAUGUAGCGAAGCACUACGAAGAUAAUCACAACAAAGCGCACUGGAAUCAUAGUCUGGUAAUCUACGGCCUGCUUCAUCAGCCGGUGGUCCACCAAGCAUGGAAGGAGUUGUUUGCGCAGUUGUAUGGACACAUGGCACGCGAUGAACAGCCCAUCUUGGGGUGGGAUGCGCAAACGACGGGACACGCUCAGGGGUUCUUGGAGGGGCAGGCUCCGGGGAAGUUGCAGGAUUUGCUGGAAUUCUUCAAGGGUGGACGAGAGGAGGCGAAACGGCUUGCGAGGUUAAGUCAUGACCAGGCUAUCAUUCGGUCACGCCAGGGAGUGGCUAUUACGGCGAUUCGGGUACCUGUUCCCAAGCGAUCAACGGUAUCAACGGAAUCACUCAGGCACAAGUCGAUACUGCAGCAGCAGCAGCAGCAGCAAUUCGAUAGACGCAACAGUGCCACUAGCGGCAACACCGUAUUCCCUCAACCCCGACACCACCAACAACAGCAGCAACACCACCAAGUACAACCACAACAGGAACCCACAUUCCAAAAACAACGAUCAUUCUCUCUCCCGUUUACCACCACCACCACUACCACCAUCACCACCUUACCCCAAUUCCCCAACCCACCAACAAACAAAUACUCCCACCUCCAUUCCCACAGCCUUAAAUUCUCCCUACCUGUGGGAACUAUAUACGAAACCCCCGACGCAGCGUCGACAACAACGACAGUUGACUUUUUCAAGAACACACUUGCCGCCACCGCGACUAUGACGGCUACGUCUAAUAGGCAACACCAACUAGAUCUACAAGAUCAACAACAACAACAGCAGCAGCAGCAGCAACAACAAAAUCGAUUUACGAUACCUCCUCUUAAUCUUUCCAAGGAUGGUUUUUUUGACAACAUGGAUAUUAAGAUUUAGGAUUGGAGCAGUAUUACUAGUAUGGUGGUGAUAGUGAAUGAUCGGGCAUAUGGGUUUCCGGUGCCGGGGGUGUUGAGUGUUGACAGGGUUGGGGAGUGGAGGUGCUGAGGGGUGGUGAGCGUGGAUGAUGGAGACGACGAGAUCUUAAAACAGUCAGGUCAUAGAGCAAAGUGGGGAGAAGUGGCAGAGGAAAGGAGAAAGUUUCCCGUAUGAUGUGUUGCGAUGAGAUGAGAAGCAGUCUGGAGAAAGCUAUGAAAGCCAAGAGAAGUUAGUUCAGGAUACUAUAUUGGAUAAUACCACAAUUGAAGAUUCAUGAAGAAAACUGAA